AUGGCACGCCUUGAACCAUUUUAUUUACGAAACGUUGUCUUAUAUCUCCCAAAACUUUCAGACCUUGCCACUUUUGUUUGUAUUAACAAAAAGUCUUGUGAUGUAUCAGAGAGUUUGUAUAUCAAUCCAUUUAAUCUUCCUCAAAGCACUCCAAUCCAAAAAAUUGUCAUAUUAUUUCCAAAAUUGGAGACUUUGUACCUUCCUUAUGAAGUUGACUAUGAUUUGUCUUUCUUAGAGAAUUUGGGUACUUUUAUCAUUGAGUUACGACGAAAUUACAAGACGCCAAAGUCUCAAGGCCCUUCAAAAAGUGUGACCUCACUCUUGUCGACAGAAUGGUUUCCAAAACGUGUGAGGAAACUUCGCAUCUUUGAAGAAGAAGUCCACACUUUUGCAGAUAAUAUCAGCAAGUAUGUGCAACUUAAAACCGUCACAUUUGGGUUCAAAGGAAAUGAUUGUAUGGAAGACUUCAUGAAAAUCAUCACCCACAGAACUCUGAGAACUGUGACGUUUUCUGCUGCUGCGUUUAAUGCCAAUUUAAUUUCCGCUAUCGAUUUUUCAGAUCUGUCCGACACGCAAUUUAAUAUUCAGUUCUUCGCUGCAGUCAACUCGGAGUUGUCCAUUGAAGAUGUCCAAAAGCUUUCAAAACUCCCUCCAAACGUCUGUGUAUACAUCUCUUAUCUUUCUGACAUCAUUUUGGAUCCAUUGUACAAAACAAAGAACAUCACUUAUCUCCCAUUUCUAAGCGAAAAAGAAUUGUAUCGCACAGUUACUAAAGUCCUCAACAAGAAUUUCAACGACAAAAAUCUCUUCUCUUUCAUACAAAAAGCUCUUCCAAAGGAACUCCAAGUCGUUAAAGACUUCACUCAACAAGACCACAAAACGUCCGUUAUAAAAGUUGACUUCACAAAUUUGAAGGAGGAGUUUUGCAUGGAAAUAGUUGUUUUGUAUAAAGUGCGUUUUGUGGAGCUUACAAUGCCGAAAACAGUUAAAAUUUUAAAGAUGAAAAGUGUUGAGGGCGCCGUGAAAGCACUUGCGUGCAAACUUGAAGAUGUCAAAAUUAUAAAACACGGAAGAGAUAAAGUUGAAAUUGAAUGUGAAAAUAUAAAGAAAUAUAAAUGUGACAGAAGUCGUGUUGAUGUGGUGUAUAAAGGUAAAAAAUAUUUAAAUAAGUUUUUUAUGACAGUUGGAGAAGGUUUGUCUUAUGACAUUUCAGUCACGCAAACAUCAAAACUUGUGUUUUUGAGAAAAGGAGAAAAAGUAGGGCAACUUGUAUUUUGUGGCAAAGUUUGUUUGAAUGACACAACUUUUGUUGUUAAUGACGUGAAAGAAAGUUUUGAUCUUUCUCGUAUUCAUAACAGCGAAAUUAAUACUUUUAAAAUAAACGAAAUGAGAUCAUCGCCAUUUAAACUGAAAUUUGGCGAAGUACAAAACGUCAAAAUAAUGGGAAAUGAUGAAAAUGAAAGUUAUAUCAACGCGAUUCACUUUGAUAAAAUUGAAAGAAUGAAAUUAUCAUAUUGUUGUAUUGAACAAUUGAAAGGAAACGAACUGACAUAUUUGAAUUCAAACGAUGCGUUUAUAGCAAAUCAAACAAUCAAGAAUUAUGGGAUAAUAAAAUACUACUAA